GAGAAGGAGGAGGGGGAGAGGGGGUGAGAGAGGAGGUGACUCUCCGGCAGCAUUUAGACACAACGAAAGGAUCAUGGCGGAUGGCCCCAGGUGUAAGCGCAGAAAGCAGGCGAACCCGAGGAGGAACAACGUGACCAACUACAGUGAUGUGGUGGAAGCCGGCUCAGAAUCAGAUGAUGAAGACAAGCUGCACAUUGUGGAGGAGGAAGGCAGCCUGGCGGACGGGGCCGACUGCGACAGCACCCUGCCAGAAGAGGAGCACCCCAGGGAGCGCUGCUGGGACGGAGUGAAGGAGGAUUGUGUGUCGGACGCUGAGGAUGAUGGGAGCACGGACGCACUAAUGGAGGAGAUGCUCCAGCAAGGAGACACGGCCGUCAUUUACCCAGAGGCCCCAGAGGACGAGCCUCAACGCCAGGGCACCCCUGACGCCAGCGUCCACGAUGAAAAUGGAACUCCUGAUUCCUUCUCUCAGCUGCUCACCUGCCCAUACUGCGCGCGUGGCUACAAGCGUUACAGCUCCCUGAAGGAGCACAUCAAGUACCGGCACGAGAAGACCGAAGAGAGCUUCAACUGCCCCGAGUGCAGCUACAGCUUCGCAUACCGCGCUCAGCUGGAGAGGCAUAUGACGGUCCACAAGGGCGGACGGGAUCAGAGACACAUCACACAGUCGGGAGGCAAUCGUAAAUUCAAGUGCACUGAAUGUGGCAAAGCAUUUAAAUACAAGCACCACCUGAAGGAGCACCUACGCAUCCACAGCGGAGAGAAACCGUAUGAGUGCUCCAACUGCAAGAAGCGCUUCUCUCACUCAGGCUCAUACAGCUCCCACAUCAGCAGUAAGAAGUGCAUCAGCGUCAUCUCAGUUAACGGCAGAGCGCGCUUGGGGAACGCCAAAACCCAGACCCAGGCUCCAUCUCCAGGGCUGCCCACGUCACCAUCAGCCCUCCGCACCCAGAUGCAGAAGAUGGAGCACAGCAAGCCACUGCAGGAGCAGCUGCCACUCAAUCAGAUCAAGACUGAGCCUGUGGACUAUGAGUACAAGCCCACAUUGAUGACAUCCGCAGCAAUGGCCGCUAUGAACGGUGGGGUUUUCAACGGAGGUACUGCAUCUUCUCUGCAGGGCACGGUGCAGGCUGUGGUCCUUCCCACUAUGGGGCUGAUGUCACCCAUCAGUAUCAACCUGGCCGACCUGCAGAAUGCUCUCAAGGUGGCGGUGGACGGAAAUGUCAUUCGCCAGGUUCUGGAAAGCAAUGCCAAAGGUCAGCUGCAAAUGCACUCGGGACUAACCACUGGAAUGCUCCAUCCCACACAGCAGCAACUCAUCUCAGCCAUCAGUCUGCCUAUUGUGGGUCAGGACGGAAACACAAAAAUCAUUAUAAACUACAGUUUGGACCCCAACCAGGGCCAGCUCACAGCCCAUAACAUGAAGAAAGAGCCAGAGGCAACCUCACUAGGCCAGAAACUCCCAGAGGAUCUAACCAUCAAAGGCUCCCGGCUCAAUGAGACUAAAGAAAAAGAGGAAAAGACCACUAAAACCUGCCUCCUGUGUGAUAACUGUCCCGGUGGGCUGGAAUCACUCCAUGCCCUCAAGCACUGCAAGGAUGGCCUCAGGCUGAACGGUCUAGAUAAGUCUGAGUCUGCUGUGGCUGCCUUGCUGUCAGAGGGCGGGCUCUGUAACCAGCCCAAGAACCUCUUGUCCCUGCUCAAGGCUGUGGCCUUAAAAGCAGAGCCCACCAAGGAUGAGCUGGCCAAGAUCUCUGACUCAGUCAGCCUGCCAGCGCAUGUGGUAAAGAAGUGGUUUGACAAAAUGCAAGAGGGUCAGAUAUCACUGGGUGCUCCAACACCUCCCUCAGAGGAAGAAGACACCUGUGAAGCUAACAGUGUGGUGUCUCUGGUCCAAGGGAAGGACACGUGCCCCUCUGUGACCCAGGACAGCCCUACAGAAGCCACUCCAGCGGAGUUCAACGGCGCCCACAGCUCGCCGGCCUCUCCCUCACCACUAAACCUGACAGCUGGCGGUCCCGUCCCAUCCCAGCCUUCCCAGAGCACUGAGGGACCCCUAGACCUGUCACUGCCAAAGCCCGCCGGAGGGGGAGCAGAGAGAGCAGUGGGUAAAGCCUGCGUUAACGCCUCUCCUUCCCUCCGCUCUACCCAUGUGGAUGAACCCCUAAACUUAACUUGCACAAAGAAGGAGGCAUCGCCACUCUUAGCCAUGGGCGCCAGCCACAUCGCACUGUACGCCAGCCAGCAAAGUGCCAAACCCCUCAACAUUGUUACCACAAUGCAAUGCCUAAGGGCACUUUCCACUAACAACAAACAGACUAUCCUGAUCCCCCAGCUGGCUUACACCUAUACCACUACAGCAAACAGCCCUGCUGGGACCCAGACCCAGGAAACCCUCCACCUCAACGGAAUAAAGGAGGAGAAGAUGGACCCAGGCUCAGAUGGUAUGUCCACCGUGGAGGAGCAGAACGACUCCGACUCGGGCCCACAGAGGAAGAAGAUGAAGAAGACGGAGAGCGGCAUGUACGCCUGUGACCUGUGCGACAAGAUCUUCCAGAAGAGCAGCUCGCUGCUGAGACACAAAUACGAACACACAGGGAAACGACCUCACGAGUGCGGCAUCUGCAGCAAGGCCUUCAAACACAAACACCACUUGAUCGAACACAUGCGGCUCCACUCAGGGGAGAAACCCUACCAGUGCGACAAGUGCGGCAAGCGCUUCUCCCACUCGGGAUCCUACUCCCAGCACAUGAACCACCGCUACUCCUACUGCAAGAAGGAGACGCCGGGUCAGGGCGAGGGCCACGAAAGCCCCGAGAACGAGGCGGAGGCCAGAGCUGAGAUGGAGGCGCUGAGCCGGCUGCAGCAGCUCCUCGCCCCCUCGCAGCUAGACUUGGACGAGCGAGGGAGCAGCACCAGAGACGAAGAGGAGAGCGAGGAGGAGGACGGUGCGGUGGACAUGGACGACAUCCAGGUGGUGGAGAUAGGGGACGAAGGAGGGGAUGAGGAUGAGGAAGAGAGGAAUGAGGAGAGAGUAUUAGUGGAGGGAGGAGGAGAUGAGGAGAAGACAGAGAUGGAGGUGGCAGAGGAAGAAGAGGAGGAAGACACAAGGCAGGCGGAGGUGCUCGGGAGCAUUCAGGAAGAGGAGGAAGUCGAGAUGCAGGAAGAGGAGGCGAUGGAUACGGAAGAAGGGGUGACGGAAGAGGGGAAAGAAGAGGAGCAGGUCACGGAGGAGAGUGGAGGAGAAAAAGACAGUGAGACGGUUUCUGAGGAGCAGAAGGAGACGCCGGAGGAGGAAGGAGACUAAAAGAGGAGUCAGGCUCCUCAAUGGGACACAAUCAGAUUCCUCCUCGUGUGCAGAGGAAGAACGCAGGAGAUGAUGUCUGGUCACUCUGACAGUCCGUUUCAGUUCACUACUGUGUAGAAAAUCCAGGUGUGCCUGAAAAAAAUACUAGUGACUUUUCCGCAGGAGAGCGAUUUCUUCCUGUAAGAAAAAUCAAUUUGUAAAGAAAAAGAUGAAGACGAACACAAAUUUUAACAAACGAAGGAAAUGCAUUAUACAGACUUUGGAAGCUAGAGCCGACAUGUUUUAGAUAAUGUUUUAUUACUAAAACACCUUGGGUCAUUUCUUUUUAUCAGUGUUACUAAUUUUAUCACUCAUAUUUUAACCUUUAAAAGCUGUACAGUUGGGAGAUAUUUCUAUACCUUUUUAUUGCCAAUGAACAAAAAAAAAGUCAGUAUUUUAUUAAGUUGGAAGGAAAAUAAGAAAAAUCCUGUGCACUACAAGUGGCUUGGUUUACCUAUGGAUUAAGCAGUUGUGUUGUCAGCCCUUCAGUAUUACCGCACUAGAUAUACCACGCCAUCAUGCUAGCAGAAGUUAGCAUUUUGUUUCUUUUUUAUGUUCUUUUAAUUGGAUUGUGAGCCUUAAGAAGAAAAAGUGGAGGGAGGGGUCCUUUUCAGUCAUGUACUUCCAUUUAGACUGUAGACUCAUCGUUUCAUUUUACAAAUCAGUGUUUUUUAAAGGUAAUAGUUUGACAUUCGGGAUAAUAAAGGUAUUUUCUUGACUUUGUUGAGAGUUAGAUGAGAAGAUAAUGACCACAUUCUGAUAACUAUACGGCUACAGCCAGGUGCCGCUUAGCUUAGCUUAGCAUGAGGAACUGAACAAGGGGGAAACAAAGAAUAGUGCUUUGAAGCAUAUUUGACAUAGUGGCCAAACUGUGGAACUACAACAUGUCUCCAUAGGCUUACACAGGGAAAGAGACCUUUGUAAUCUUUUCCUAAAAGUUGUAAAAUCCACUAAUAGCCAAAUGCAGAGUUACUUUCUGUGAUUGAGCCCAAGACAAACUAUGGGAGGUUGGUUUUAACAAAGCGCUAGUGCACUUUUUACUAAAGGCUCCAUAGAUGUGGAAGAGCCGGGUAAUAUUAUACUUCAAAGUCACUUUUUAUGGGCUUUAUUCACUACUAAGCUUCUUUCAAAUGAAUGGACAGGAGCCCGCUUCCAAUGCUGUAUCCAGAUGUCCUUGUACAUCCAAAACAACAAGCUAAAGCUAAAUCUAACAUGGCUAAAGCUAGCAGUUACUUCCUAUGUAUCCACUGCUUCCCACUCCAGUCCAGCAAGUGGCAGUAAUGCAUGCUGGACUAUUUGUGACUUCCAGACAAAGCAUGGCAAGCUAUUUUCACCUAUCUUGAGUAUUUGCGCUAAAUAAAGCUAAUCAUGUCCUGGCAAUAGCUUCACAUACAGUGGUACUGAUCUACUCAUCUAAUUCUCCUGUAGGAAGCACAUAAGCAUAUUUUCUUAAAAUGUCAAACUAUUGCUUUAAAUGUUUAGAGCGAGCAAAAAAGGGUUGAAGAAAAUGUUCUGACCCUCCCUAUGCCUACCCCAUACUCCGAGCCAUAUGCAAAUAAUCAAACUAAAACAAGACAAACAUGCAUAUCAAAAGUGCCAUUGAAUAUUGCUGUUGAAGCUUAGAAGCUAUGAUCAAGUAUUCCUAGAUCAACCAAUAAAGCCACCUAACCUGUGAGAGUAGAGUUUAGCCAACAGAUUUGAGAGAAGUUGCUUUAAUUUCUAAUCUGAGCAGCUAAAAGAAUUACAAUGCACAUUUGUUCAAAUGGAUGAUUAUGAAGUAUUAUUUCUAAUUAUUAACCGUGUCCUGCCUUUUCAAAGCUUAUUCAGUGCACUUGUUUAACACACCAUGAAAUGCUCAGAUGUCUCUUCAGGUAACAAAAUGUAGGCAAAUCCCAGGAGUUCAAUUCAACAACCUUUUUACCUGUCAGUAUUAUUUUUUGUCUCUUAAAUGUUUUAUGUUCCGUUUCGUUGUGUGUGUACUGUAUGUUUUCAGCAAUGGCAGUAUUAUCCCCACCCAAAGGAGAUGGGUAUGUCUGUUUAGUCAUAGAGAACUUUUAUAUUUAUGUGUCUUAUUUUUUAUAUUUCUUUAUGGUUAUUUAUUACACUAUGUAGUGUACAAUACUGUAGUUUGUAUUAAUACGAUAAUAUAUUUUAGUAUGGACAAAAAAAGAUUCAAAGGCAAAUAACUAAAAGCCUAGACAAAUGAGACUCCAGCAUACUGAAGUAUGUUUUUCGAACGAAUAAAAUGAAGUUUUCCCUUGGGAAAAAAAUUGCACCCUGCAAGCCUGAAAAUUUGAACCUGUGACCUCUGUGCAUCCAUUGUCAUGUUAAUUUUCUUCCCCCCUCUCUAAUAUGAAGCUACUGAACUUUUGAAAACUAAUCGUAUGUCUAAUAGCAUGAGUGUGGGCUGUUUUAUUGAAGGAAUAUCCUUAACGACACAAACUGUCCUUUUUGCCAAGCCAAAAUAAUAUUGACGUUUGUUCUUAUGUUUUUAUUUGUGCCAAUUUGUUACUUUAUAUGUCAGUGUCAAGACCACGCCCACUUUUAUAUGCCCUUCCCCUUUUAACACCCUCAUCUUUUUUUAUAGUGAUUGUUUUUUGUUUGUUUUCCUUUUUUUUGUUCAUUUUUUAUGACUCCCCAUCUCACAAUAAAAUACAUCAAUUACAAGCU